UUACUUCAUCCAAAAUCUCCUAACAACCAAUCGUAAGCGUGGGGGAUUUGGGUGGCGUAAAAAUGCAUGCAGCCGGUGCUCCUCCUGUUACGGUGUGGCCGGCCAAGUGGGAAGGUAUUUCAGCGCCACGUGUAAGCCGGAGAUAUUUGAGUAUUCGAGUUCGGACUUCAUUUUACAGUCAGAGUGAAAACCACCAUUGCAGCAGAAGGUCUCAACAGUACUGGGAUAAGUUCUACAAGCUCCACAAAAACAAGUUUUUCAAGGACCGCCACUACUUGGAGAAGGAUUGGGGAAGAUAUUUUGAUGAUGAAAUUGAAUCUUCCAAUGGGAAGGUUGUCUUAGAGGUGGGUUGUGGAGCGGGGAAUACGAUUUUUCCUCUCAUAGCUGCGUUUCCGAAGCUCUAUGUUCACGCCUGUGAUUUCUCAGCUAAAGCAGUAACCCUCGUUAAGUCACAUGCAAAUUACAGUUCGGAAAAGAUUAAUAUCUUUGUCUGUGAUGCUGCAAAGGAUGAUCUCUGUGCUAAUGUCGUGCCUUUUACUGUUGAUGUUGUAACCUUGAUUUUUACAUUGUCUGCAGUUUCACCAUGCAAGAUGGCUUCAAUUCUGGAGAACUGUAAGCAAGUACUAAAGCCAAAUGGUCACAUUCUUUUACGAGAUUAUGCAGUUGGUGAUUCUGCUCAGGUGAAACUGCAUGAUAGAAACCAGAUGAUUAGUGAGAACUUUUAUUUCCGAGGAGACGGAACUUGUUCGUUUUACUUUUCCGAGACUUACACGUCAACCUUGUUUCAAAGCGCUGGUUUUGCAAUUGUGGAUAUUAACACAUACUGCAAGGAAAUUACGAAUCAUUCUCGGAAUAUUACCAUGCAGCGGCGCUGGAUACGUGGCAUAUUUGGUCGUUCAUGAUUGCAAGUUCUUUUCUCCUCUUCCAUUGUGGAUUCAAAGUUGAUAAUCCAAAAAAUUAGACGAUGGCACGCCAUUUGUACCCUGGAUCCUAAACCCUGAACUCUGAAGUUUGUAUUGUAGAGCAGCCAUCAUUGAUGAGGCUUGUAAAGCUGGGAGUAUAUACUUGGCAAGCUAGCAUCUAAAGUCUAGAAGCAGUGAUGAAGAGUGUAUUUGGUACGACUGAAAUUAUUUUUCCUGGAAAAUGUUUUCUGAUUUUUGGUUGGAGAGUGAAAACUAUUUUCCAGAAAAACAGUUGAUUAAAGAUUGAUAACAUGUUUGCAAACCGGAUAAUGUGUUGAAAUAUUUUAGUACUAAGUUUGGUAUUAAUGUGGAAGUGUUGGUUAACGAAGGAAAAUGACUUCGAUACAUAAUAGCAAGAAGUCA